UAUAUAUGUAUAUGUUAUAGAAUAUAGUAUCGUUGGUUUAGUAUCCCAUAACACAAGGUUCGAACUUACUUUGGGGCUAAAUCAAUCUGUGUGAUUUUUCCCUAUACAUAUAUUUAUUUAAGUAACCCAGUUUGUAUAUUACAGGUUCGUUCUAUCGGAUAUGGCGUAUUUCUUCUACUGGUGGAAACAACGCGACAGCACAGUUCACCGCAUGGUAUAUGAGCUGAUUCGUCAGGGCAGGCUCCAGUUCGUGGGCGGCGGGUUCAGCAUGAGCGACGAGGCAACAACGAGCUACCACGCCAUCAUCGAUAUGUUCACAUAUUCGUUAGAAAGAAUCAACUCCACAUUCCUCGAUUGCGGCCGCCCAUUAGUGUCCUGGCAAUCGGACGUGACCGGGCAUUCACGGGAGUUCGCAGCGCUAAUGAGCCAGAUGGGUUUUGGCGGGCACUUCGUCAACCCUAUCAGUUAUGACGAUGAAGUCUCCAGAAUGAUCUCCAAAUCAAUGGAGUUCGUGUGGAGGGGCAGCGAUGACUUGGGUCCAUACACCGACCUUUUCGCCCACAAGCUGUUCGACGGUUACUGGUCACCGCCAGGAUUCUGCUUCGGGACUUACUGCGGCGAUCCGCCGCUUAUAGAGAACGAGGAAGGGUUCAAGAACGUUGAGAAGAGAGUUAAAGAGUUCAUAGAAGUAGCGUCGCACCGCCAGGGCCCGUACUACACUACCCGGAACAUAAUGAUCGUCAUGGGCCAACGGUUCGGUUACUUCGACGCUGGCGCUUGGUUCUCCAACAUCGACAAGCUUAUCAAACACGUGAACAUAAAGAGUGCUGAGUUAGGAUUUCCAGUCCAUCUAUUCUACUCAUCCCCAGCCUGCUAUCUGAAAGCUGUUUCCGAAGCAAACCCGGAGCUGGCGACGAAGCAAGACGACUUCUUCCCGUUCGCAUACGACCAGUACUCCAUGGCGGUCGGGAUCUACACAGCUAGACCUACCACUAAGUACUUUAUCCGACAGGCCCACGUCUACUUGCAAAUAUCGAAACAGCUGCAAAUGACGGCUAGACUGCAUGCCAAACACUAUGACCCAAUUAUGGAAAGGUUUAAAUGGAUUAACAGUGUUGUACAAGACCACAACAUCAUAACAGGCGUGAUGACCGAACACACCCGAUUGUAUUACACGCACAAGCUCUACCUAGCUCUGCAGACUUCCACUGAGAUCGACGUCGCCGGCUUCAAUAAGCUACGCAAGAGUCCUGAAGACACGGAAUAUUUUCGGUGUUCGUUCAACAUCUCUGUCUGCCAGAACUCGGACGCAACACAAUACUUCAUCGUCAUCUACAACCCCCUGGCCUGGGAGGUGACCGUCAAAGUGCGGCUGCCUACCCUCAAACGGGACUUUAUGGUGUUUCAUCCCUCUGGGAAAAGAGUGAAGGCAGCCUUGAUAAGGAUACCCGAUCCCGUGUUCAGCAUUUACCGCCACCGCUCACAUGCCAAGCACGAGCUGGUCUUUGUGGCCGAGGAUGUCCCAGCGUUGGGUUUCAGGUCCUAUUUCAUUAAGCUGAAAUCGACGAAAGACGGUGAAGACAGCGAAAGAAGAAGAAGAAAAAGGACAAUAUUGAAAAAAUUCAACAGAAAACACAAGACGAAGAAGUAUUUGGUCAAACAAGCUUACCAAGCGCUGACUGAAGACAGUCCUGAGGAAGAUUUAGGGAAUUUUGACUAUGAAUAUUUCGAAACACCAAUGAGGACAACACCCAAAACAAAAAUACUAUUUACAAGCGUUGAAAACGACAACGACAAAAGUAUUAUAGGCACCAAUCAAGUGAUCACACCUAGAACUCGCCUUAGAAUCGAUGACGCAAUCUCUAAUAAAACGAAUUCUAAUGCAACAACAGAUUCUCAAAUGAGUGGCGACUUUAGUGACGUAAUCAAUAACUUGGGCAGUUUCGAACUGAAUGACGAUGUGUUUGACAAAGAUGAAAUUGAUUUUACUAAUAUAAAUGUUACACGCGCUGAUGAAGCACGUCGAGGGAAUACCGUUAAAAAUAUGCUCUUGGUUAAUAAGAAUAUAUCUUUGAAUAAUAUAACCAAAACUCGUCCGUUCGUUGAUCCUACCAAAAACACCGUUAAUAAAACUAAAGUGCCACCCGUUAAACCGCAAACGUCAAAUCAUAGUGUUACCAGUGUUAAAGAUAUAUUUGUUAAGCCCCGCACGUCUUCGAAUUAUAAUUUCACAGAUAAAAAUAAAGAACUAUACAUCGAACCGAAAAUAUCAAACAGCAGUGGACAUAAAAAUAGAUUAGUAUUCAAAAGUUUUCUAAACAAGUCACGUUUCAAUGAUGACAUAGAAAUAUUGAGGAGGUUUAAUGACAAAGAUGAUAAUAAAAAUGAAAAUAAACCAAAUAUUCACAUUCUUAUAACUGAUAAAAUUGACACUACCCCAAAAGACAUAUUUAGUGAAGAAGAUCGAAAACCAGAUAGCACAGACGUACACAAAAAACGUAUCGAAGAAAUGGCACGUCAUAGAAUCGAUGGUAAUGAAUUAGCAAUGAUAGAAGAGAAACUAAAAAACAAGGAGUACGCUGAUCUCGGAAUAAUUAACGUAUCGAAUGAAAACAAAACGAAUAAAAUUGUAUCAAAAACACCUUUUGAUGACCUCGAAGACGUUUGGAUGAAAGGUAGGUUCGGUGAAACUAUAGCGGGCAGAGUGUUCGACGAAAACAAAUGGAUUUACAAAAGCGAUGACACAACAAUUGAAACUACAACAAAAAUUGCGACAAACAAUAGGAGACCGUUAACAACGACAAUAAAAUUGCUUAGUGCUGAAGCCAUUCCACCGAUCGACUUGAAAGAUUCAGAUUUUAGCGACGUUAAAAUAAGCUCCGAAGAAAUAAAUCUACACAGGAACGACACAAGGAAAUAUUAUUCAGUGUUCGGUAGCGACGAAGAAGCAAUGAGAAAUCACAUGUUUGGAAUUGACGGUGAUAAGUCACAAUCAGGUGAACACAAGAAAAAUGAAUUUGCUAAUGAAACGCGGCCUUUUGAGAAACAAGUGAAAGUUAAUAAUAAAAAGACAGAGGUUGGUAGUGAUUAUAAAAAACAUAAAGAUUUGAAUGUUAACAAGAAAGUGUCCGCCGGCAGUUCCGACAAGAAGGACGAAGAAUGGGGCACCUACUAUUUUUACACGACAAACAAGAAUUUUAUUGCAAAUAAUUUCGUGAAAAUCUGUCUGGACAAGCAAAGGCGACUGGCAAACAUAAGUCUAUCUAAUGGUUUAAAUAUCUCGUUUAAUGCUGAGAUGUAUUAUUAUCUUUCGGAUGACCCCAAGAGAUUCAACAGAGAUGAACGGGAACCAGGAAUCACAAUGUUUAGGGUUAUGGACAUACGAGCCUUGCUUAUCGACGACACAUACAAAGUGAAGGAGUAUAGAAACAGAAUAGUACACGAGUUUCAUUUUCAGUUCGCGACAUACGCUUCUUUUGUUAUGAGGUUAUACAGACGAGAUCCUGUCAUAGAAUUGGAAUGGCAGGUUGGCCCUGUACCUAUAGCCGAUGGCGUUGGCAAAGAGUUAUUCAUCCGUUACACGACGAACCUGCAGAGCCAGGGCACCUUCUACACGGACUCCAACGGGCGACAGACCGUGAAGAGGAUCAGAAAUAGGAGAUACACUUACGAACCUAUGAGUCCGGACCACCUCGCUGGCAACAUAUAUCCUGUAACCUCAAAGAUAUAUAUAGAAGACGAAUUAAAAAACAUAAGAUUUUCCGUCUUCAACGACCGAGCGCAGGGCGGCACCUCCUUAGCUGAUGGCGAAAUAGAUUUAUUCCUUCAUAGGAGAAUACUAACAGACGACACCCGUAGAGGAAUUCUCAUACUAAACGAAACGGAACACGGCCAAGGCGUCAUAGUGAGAGGCAAACACUACAUCUAUCUCACCAAAGCAGACUACAAACCCAACAGAAUCUUCGAGAAGAAAUUAGCCAAAGAAAUCGAACUCGCGCCACAAAUUUUCGUCACCAAAUCUAAACCUUACGGAUUACAUUCGAAAGACGUUUGGAUGAAACACAGAAACGAGUACAGCGCUUUAAAAACUAAACUGCCUAUCGGCGUGCACAUAUUGACAUUGGAAAAAUGGGGGGAAACCGGCGACGAUCUUUUAUUGAGGUUAGAAAAUUAUCUAGAAAGGCCAGACGCAUUGAAAGCUGGCAUUAAGAAGAUUAGAUUAAAAGAUCUAUUCGUAGACAUUAGCAUAACAAGCGUGGUUGAGUUGUCUCUAGGUGCUAACAUGCGGCGAAGUCAGUUGAUGAACGAGAAGUUUUAUUGGAAAAAGAAUAAAGAGUUUUACAGAAGUUUCAAUGACGCGUACGGUGACAAUGCGAAUAGACAAUUCGACAGACGAAAGCCUAGGAGGAGUUUCGAAGAAGUUAAUUUGGACAGUGACAUCGUGUUGGUACCACAGCAGAUAAGAACAUUUUGUCUUACAUAUGAAUAUAUUGGCGAGUGAACAGUUAUAAUUGUAUGUGACUCUGUUAAACUGUAUUACUGUGUCUUUUGUUACGGUUCACCGGUAUGAAAAAGCGGCCGUAGGUGAAUUGUGGUCGACCACUAAGUGCCCGUGGUUCACCUAGGUGAACUAAGUUGAACCACAGGUAAAAAAGUGCACGUGCUUCACUUAAGUGGACCACCGGCAAAUGCCCGUGGUUCACCUAGGUGAACUAAGUCGAACCACAGGUAAAAAAGUGCACGUGCUUCACUUAAGUGGACCACCGGUAAAUGCCCGUGGUUCACCUAGGUGAACUUAGGUGGACCACCGGUAAGCGCUCGUGGUUCACCUAGGUGAACUGAGUUAAACCACCGGUAAGAAAUUGGUGAACUAAGGUGGACCACCGGUAUGUGCUCGUGGUUCACCUAGGUGAACUGAUUUGGACCACCGGAAAGAAAAUGCCCGUGGUUCACCCAAGUGAACUUAGCACCCGAAUGCUAGUACCUAAAUAUGCAUAGGACAAUCAAUCUUUUUGAUAUCAUGUUUUCUUAGAUUUUUACUUAAUUUUGAGUGUUAAUAAUUAAAAAAAAAAAGUUAUUAAUAAAUAUCAUUUAUCAUAUAUCUAUUGAGAAUGUUAAGUUCUGUGUACAACUAUUAAAGAUUGCGCGUGCGCAGUUUUGUAUGGAAAUGUAAUGCACGCGUCCGCAUUACUCGGCCGGUGCGCAACAGCGUUUAGUGUUAUGGAAGUAAUGAAAAUAUUAAGGCAUAUAAUGUAUUAUUAAGAUUUUAUUAUAUAUUAAAUAUUUAAUAUUUAAUCAAGUGAUGUACCCAAGUUUAAAAAAUGCAAAAUGGUAAUU